GCACAGGUAGCCAGGCUUGUGCCGGCGGGGGCGGUGGGCUCACGCCUAUGGGACUGUGCAAAAGCAAACACAAACUCAAGAAAGGCGAGGAGCAAAAGAAGGCACCCACCAGUUCGGCCCCAAAGUCUAAGGAAAAGCACCCCCAGGAAUCCAGGCAGUCAGACAAGGAGUUGGAGAAGCUCUCAGAUCCUCCUGCGGGGGCAGACGAAGAGAAAGCUGAUGGAAAGCAAAAGUCCAACAAGAAGAAAAAUGUCAUUCCACGGAUCAUCAUCACUCGAGCCUCAAAUGAGACUCUGGUUAGCGACAGCUCUAGUGUGAGUGAGGAGCAGAGAACCAUUCGGGAGCAGCAUGACUGGGGCCCCUACUAUCGGCACCGGAACCCCAGCACAGUAGAUGCCUAUAAUUUACAUACCACAGAAUAA